AAUCGAAUCGUUGCCGCGAAAGCAACUCUUUCUUAGAAACGGAAAAAAUAUCAAAAUCGGUAUAUAGAGCGGUUGUGAUUGUGCCCGAGAUCGGCGAGAUCGAGCGAGAAAAACGACAUUGACAUUCAAGCGGGCGCGCUAAUUGAUCGAAAGAGCCCCUUAUCGCCCGGGUCAAGUGCUCUCAAUUGGAAGUGUCAGGUGGCAGCAUGGGGCAUCUGCUCCCGAUCCCGAUUCCGAUUCCGAUCCCGCUGUUUUUGCUGAUUCUCGGCGUCGUGUGGCCGGUUUUCGGCGGAUCCGAUGACCAGAGUACCGCCUGUGAAUCGCUGGAAAUAAAUAAUAUUGCGGAUUUCCGGAAACUGGAGAACUGUACGCACGUGGUGGGUCACAUACGACUGGCCUAUGUGGAUCUGACAGCUCUAGCCGGCAACUAUAGCUUCGAAUCGCUGGCCACCAAUGUCACCGAGAUCAGUGAUUAUCUAAUGGUGUAUCGUUGCAUUGGACUUAUCACCCUCCAGUCGAUAUUCCCCCGACUGCAGAUCAUUCGGGGUCGCACCCUUCUGUUCGAUGAGUACGGCCUGGUGGUCUACGAGAAUCGGAACCUCCGGGAGGUCGGUCUCGUGGAGCUGUUGCGCAUCCAGAAGGGCUCCAUUCGCAUCGAAUCGAAUCCCCAGCUGUGCUUCGUGGAAACCGUCGACUGGGUGUACCUGAUGGGCAAUUCAACUCAGCAGCACUUUUCUUUAAAACACAACAGACCACCCAGCCAGUGUCCUUUGUGUGGCAGCUUGACAGCGGAGUUCGACAUUGAGAAGAACUCCUCGGAGAAGUGCUGGAAUGUGAACACCCCACAACUUCGUCUCCGACCACCACGCUCCGAUGACUGCCCCAAGUCGUGUGGACAGAACGGAUGCGAUAAGGCGGGAAAGUGUUGCGAUCGCAACUGUGUCACUGGAUGCUACUCCCAAAACUGCUCCCUAUGUGGCAAUAUGCAGGGAAAAACGGGCUGUGUGAAUCAGUGUAUCGGCUCCUACGAAAUUAACAAGAGAAAGUGCAUCAUCGCCAAGGAGUGUCGGGACCUGGGGAGGAUUCCCCUGAUACGGGGCGGGCAGUGUGUGAAGAAAUGCCCCGGAAAUCAGAAGGAGGUUCCGGACGCCAAGGGCGCGAUCUCUUGUCAGGUGGACUGUAAGGGCGAUUUCCAUAUUAAGAGCGCUUCGGACUUGGAGGAUCUGCAGGACUGUGUGACCAUCAAUGGUUCGCUGACUAUUGAACUGACAAAUAUAAAGGAGAAAAUAGUAGAAGCUUUGGAAUAUGCCUUGGUCAGUGUUAAAGAGAUCACUGGCUAUCUGAAAGUUAUACAUUCUGCCCAGCUUAUGUCACUCACAUUUCUGCAGAAUUUGGAUGCCAUAAGAGGCGAUAGGCUGGUGGAAAACAAAUACGCUCUCUAUGUGGUCAACAACUACCAUUUGGAGCACAUCUGGCCACCCAAUCACCAGGUGAUCAUUCAGCGCGGCAUGCUCUUCUUCCACCUGAAUCCCCGCCUGUGCUACGAAAAAAUCCACCAGUUGCAGAGUUCCCUGAAAAGCGGGGAGAAUAUAUCUGUGGCAGAUGUAUCCCCCAAUUCGAACGGCGAACGCGUGAUUUGUGGCGAUGGAGUGCGGUCCCUCACCCCGAAAGUGGAGGAUUUGAAUUCCACUGCGGUACGCAUUAUCCUGGACUAUAUGGACUGGGAGGGAAUGGAAACGCUAAUAGGAUAUUCGUAUUACUACAAGGAAGCCCCACUGCAGAACGUGACUAUGUACGAUGGUCGGCAUGGUUGCGGUCAUGACAACUGGCUGAUGGAUGUUUCGCCCAACAAGAGUCGACGUCAUGUGAUAAGCGGCCUGAAGCCCUACACACAGUAUGCUUAUUUUGUGAAGACCCUCACCAGAACCGAAUACCAUAUUCAAAUGGACGCCUACUCAAAAAUAGGUUACUUCCAAACGUUACCCGAUAGGUCAAGUCCAGUGGUUCGGAUAUUUGGCAACUCGGAAACUAGUUCCCAAAUUCUCGUUAACUGGUGGCCACCCAGACGUCCAAACGGAAUCAUUUCGAAAUAUAUUGUAUUCUCUGAGAAGCACAAUAGCACCAAGGAGGAAAAGGAAAAAAAUUUUUUGAAUUCGGACACCUCAAAUAUUAAAGACUUGGAGUGUGAGUGCGUUGAUGUACAGCCCUACGAUUCGGGUCCUCAGCCGGAUGACGAGGACUAUUACAAUAAGGAGCAGAUAACCUAUGAAGAUGCAUUGCCCAACCUCAUUUAUGUUUCGCGUUAUCACAUAAAUCGUCGAAAGGAAUUUGAAAAGGUGUUCGACUACGAGCAUCUUUUGUCCCUCAAGAAGGAGGAAGAGCCCCCCACUCCGGCGCCAACAACUCCAGCUCCCACAAAUGAAACCAUUGAAAAGGAGAAGAAGGCUGCUUUAACCUACGAGAGAUAUCGCUUGAAAAGCGAAAAAAGGCAGCGGAACCUCCAGGAUUUGGACCAGGAAAAGUAUCGGAUCCGUCACGCCCCGCCCAAAUGCCAGAAUUCCAGGGCCUCGGUCGUCCAGCAAGUGGAGGAUAAAUGCAUAGUCGAGGAGCCCUUGGAUGGCAUCGAGGUGCGGGCCAAUCAGCACUCCUACCAUUUCACCCAGCUGGAACCGGAAACCUUUUACAGGAUCACAGUACGCGCCUGUGUCGAGGGCGUGAUCAACGGCUGCUCCACUCCGGCGGAAUAUCUGAUCAAGACUGGGAGCCUCCCGUUCGAAUGAUACAUACAGGGUGUUUAGUUUUAAUGGACUAACCAUUCCAGCCCAUCGAUCAAAACCGUUUUGUAUUAGCUGACAAGUGAUAAAUGCUAGGCCCAUAUGACAGUAGGCUUUGAAAAGAACUUGACGAUGCAGUGGAGAUUCCAGUUCCAUUGCGAUACCAAUAUUUAAGAACAUUAUUCUUAAUUUAACUUUAUAAAACUAUUUUGUUGUUAACAUUUGAAAAAUAAGGUGAAAUUGACACUCAAAAACAAGAUAACCAAAUUUUAAGGAAAAGUACCUUAAAGAUCAGUGUACUCUUAUUAAUUUCACAAAAAAAAACUAUUUUAUAGUAUAUGUUUUAAUUCAUAAUUCCUAAAAUGCAGUUCUUUUUGUGUUUGGGUGUUCUCGAUUUUAAAAUUAAUUUAAUAUUCCUCUGUGUAUUUAAAUAUCUUCUGAUCAAAUUUGUGUUGACGUAUUUUUUCCGUUGUCCUUUUAUGUAUUUUUUUACUAAUGACUUUUUUAAAUGUAUUAUAACCAGUAAACUUGUAGAAAUCAACAAACCUGUAGUAACUAAAAACUGUUGAGAUGUCGAUCAUGUUAAGCUCAUGAAUUUAAAAUCAUCCAUUAAGUUCACAUUUUAGUGCCACGUCAUAUGGGCCCAACUAAGUAUUGUAAGUCAAGUGACUGUAGUUGCCCUCAUGUUCCUCGCAAUGUAUUGUAAAUGUGUAAAUGCCAAACAAAUCCUCGACAAGCGA